AUGGAGUCUCCGCCAAGUGUAUCGGAGAGGGACAACACAAAUUCUCCGAUCUCCGUCGUCUCCGCCUUCUGGAAAGAUUUUGACUUAGAGAAGGAGAAAUCUGUGUUAGAUGAACAAGAGCUUCAAAUUGCAGAAAACCAGGGAAGCAGUCAGAAAAUCAGGCGGAAGCUUGCAGAGAGCACUAGAAAUUUCAAGAAAGCUUCGCCUGAGGAUAAGUCAAGUUUGUUUAAUGCCUUGCUGAAGGGGUACCAGGAAGAGGUUGAUAAUCUUACUAAAAGAGCAAAGUUUGGGGAGAAUGCUUUUCUUAACAUCUACCAAAAGCUGUAUGAAGCCCCCGAUCCUUAUCCAGCUCUUGCCUCAGUUGCUGAACAAGAUCUCACGUUGUCUGAGCUAGAAAUUGAGAACCGGAAAAUGAAAGUUGAGCUUGAGGAAUUUAGAGCAGAGGCGGCUUACUUGAAGAAUCAGCCGACCACAACACGAAGACUUGAAGAGCGAAGCAGGAAUUUAGAGCAGCAGAUGGAAGAGAAAGUAAAAGAAAUUGUGGAGAUUAAGCAUCGCAAUCUAGCAGAGGAGAUCCAGAAAACAUUGGAAAUUUUAAAAGAACGGUAUUUUCAUGGGGAACAACUGCUACAAGACCAGCUGCAGAGCGCUAAAGAAGGUGUUUCAAAUAUAAAGAAAUUACAUGAACUUGCACAAAACCAGUUGUUUGAACUCUGUGCUCAGUCUGUGGAAGAGAGGGCAGCUAAGCAAGCUGAGGCCAAUCUGCUGAUGGAUGAAGUAGACCGAUCACAAACAAUGCUUCUUGGUUUGGAGAGAGAGAAGGGAGUACUUAGAUCUCAGUUAGUAACAGCAAAUGAAGAUUCUGGAAAUAAGAAGAGUGAUAAUUCAGAUUCAAAUAAUCCACUUGAGAACUCUUUAAUUGCCAAAGAGAAGUUAAUCUCCGAGUUGAACAUGAAGCUACACAAUAUUGAAACAACCUUAUCAAAUGAACGGGAAGAACACAUUAAUGACGUGAAGAAAUUUACUGCAAUGCUCAAUGAAAAGGAAGCUUCUAUUGUGGCAAUGAAGAAAGAGCUUCAGACAAGGCCGACAGAAAAAAUAGUCCAUGAUCUUUCCUUUGGGGCUCAAGGCUUGGCCACAGAACAAAUAGUCCAUGAUCUUUCCUUUGGGGCUCAAGGCUUGGCCACAGAACAAAUAGUCCAUGAUCUUUCCUUUGGGGCUCAAGGCUUGGAAUUGGCCCCCAGUGGGGAAGAAGCACCAUGUUUCGUGCACCGUCGUGCUCCAAAUACAACUCUUAACAACUGGACGGUCACUGAACCUAUGGUUUUUUUCUUCCCACCCAGGGCUUAA